AUGUCCACUCCCAGAUCUAACCCUCCUCCCGCUGCUGAUCGUAUCGACUAUCGUCCUCUUAACGUACGGGAUGCUCUCACAUACCUUGAUCAGGUCAAGAACCAGUUUGCCGACCAUCCCGACGUCUACAAUCGGUUCCUGGAUAUCAUGAAAGAAUUUAAAGGGCAAAUAAUCGACACACCAGGGGUUAUUGACCGUGUUUCCACUCUGUUCAGAGGACAUCCAGCUCUUAUACAAGGCUUCAACACUUUUUUACCCCCAGGAUAUCGUAUUGAAGCUUCCACCGCAGACGACGAUAGCGGAAAGAUCACAGUCACCACGCCUUCCGGUACUGUCAGUCAGAUGCCAGGAGCCUUGUCCGCUGCCAUACACCAACGGUAUCGAGAGGGAAUCGCGGUCAACCGCACUAGUCCAUCCAUGCACGAAACAGCACCCCCAGGUCCUUCACAGAUUGUGGACCCUCUACCACCUCUUCAUUCUCAUCUCUCCUCCGGACCUCCUCCCUUCCAAAACACCCAUAACGCUAGAGGGGCACCUGUCGUGCCAGGUCUACCCCCAGCUCAGCCUUCGGUCACUACUAGACCUCUCAACAACGUACAAUCGGCACCCGGACCUUUGCCUCUUCCACCUCACACCCAACCGCCUUCUGCUCCAUCAGGACCGUCUACUCCUUCUGCCGUACAGUUCCUCGCUUCGGGCGCGUCCGGCCCUGGUGCUGCUGCUCAAGCUGGACAGAGAGGCCAGAUGCUCGAGUUUAACCAUGCGAUAUCGUUCGUUAACAAGAUCAAAAACCGUUUCAACCAAGAGCAUGACACGUACAAGCAGUUCUUGGAGAUUCUGCAGACGUAUCAACGUGACACUCGCGACAUAGUGGAGGUCUAUGAACAAGUGCAGAAAUUAUUCAUCAAUGCCCCAGACCUGCUAACCGAGUUCAAACAGUUCUUGCCAGAGAACGGGCAGGGGGGCUUGUUGGGCCUUGGAAACGCUGCCCUUGGAGGACCUGCGCCCCCUAGCGCCGAACGGCCGGUUCCACCAAAGCGCGCCAGUAAGGAGAAUAAGGAUUCGAGCGCUCAAAAGAAGAGGCGUACCGGUCCAGCAGACGUCUCAAAACCCACUCAAAAGCGCUCCAAACACGCCGCCAAGGUCGACAGUCCCUCUGAGGAUAUGGAUGGUAGCUUCCCAACCAACCAACCUCAGACCCUCGCAUCGGCUGAAGAAGUCGCGUUUUUUGAUAAAGUUAAAAAAUUCAUCGACGACAAGGAUAUGAUCGACCCCAAGACACUGCUGGACCGCGCGGAAACUUUCCUGGGUGGCUCCGGAGACGUCUGGACCAAUUUCAAACGGAUGAUAGGUGUAGACGACACCGGCAACGUGCCUCCCACAGCUGGGUCAGCGCAGGGGGGUUACAACUUUGGUGGGAUGCUGAAUAUCGACCAACAGGUGGUGGAGAAUACACCGAUGCUGGACAGAGUCAAGCCCGACAUGAGUAGCUCGAGAGCAAAAACUUACGGACCAAGUUACCGCAAGCUGCCAAAAACGGUUAACCUCCAGUGCUCUGGUCGGGAUGCCAUGUGCUGGGAGGUCUUGAACGACGAGUGGGUAUCACACCCGACCUGGGCGGCGGAAGAUGCGGCUCCAUUCAUGGCGCACAAGAAGAACGCUUACGAGGAAGCCCUUCACAAGUCCGAGGAAGAGAGGCACGAGUAUGACUAUCACAUUGAGGCGAAUCUACGCACCAUCGCACUUCUCGAACCCCUCAAAGCAAAGAUCGAUGCCAUGGAUGCGGAAGAGAAAGCGCACUUUAACCUCAAAGCCGGUCUUGGUGGACAAAGCAAGUCCAUCUAUCAACGAAUUAUCAAAAAGGUGUAUGGAAAAGAAUUGGGACCCGACAUCAUCAAGGCUUUACAUGAAAACCCAGUCACCGCCCUUCCCAUCGUGCUAGACCGUCUUCGUGCCAAGGACGAGGAGUGGAAAAAGGCUCAAAGGGAGUGGAAUAGGGUCUGGCGUGAACAAGAUGCGAGGAACUUCUACAAGGCGCUCGAUCACCAAGCCGCCAUCUUCAAGGCGAAUGACAAAAAGCUAAUGGCACCAAAAAGCCUUAUCACCGAGAUUGAAACCCGUCGACGCGAACAGACCAACGCGAGAGCAGCACUCCUCAAUCCAUCCGUUGACAAGGCUCGACCUCAGUUCGAAUUCCUCUUCGACGAUGUUGAGGUCAUCAAAGACAUUGUCAAGUUGAUCAUCAUCUAUCUCGACCGAGCCAACUCGAGUUCCAAUCAUGGCGACAGAACUCGAGUCGAGAUGCAGAUCCGACGUCUCAUACCUCAUCUCUUCCUUCUCAACCGGGAGGAAUUUGAAGCUGAGCUCAACGAUCCUGAAUCCAGCACCUCGGAUUCCGACUCGGACCAAUCGUCAGAGCAAGAAGCUGAAGACGAUGAUGGGAUGGACACUACUACGCUAAAGUCUAAAAAGCAGGCGGAUGACCUUAGGAAGCAACUCUUCAAAGGUGUGGACAAAGAUGGUCGAGAGAAGAGCGUGACGGCUACACCCGCACCCGAUGAUGGUGUUGUCAAUGGGAUAGCUCGAUCGACCGAGGGUACCCCUAUGACCGACAACGAAAGAGGUGACACUCCUCCCCCAGCAGCUGCGGACCCUCAAGCUGUAGCGGAGGCCAUCAAGAAGGACAAGGUGGGUGCGGAGGCCAGUGAGCAGAUUUGGGUGCAGAUUGAGACUGGCGAUUCUUCAUCUCAAGCGUCGUCGCCGCAUGGUUCAGAGACAUACAAAACGCGAGUGAUACGAAAGGCCAAUUUCUUCGGCAAUGCCAACUUUUACGUUCUUGUCCGCUUGUUACAGAUUCUGUACUCUCGUCUCAAAGCGUGCAAGACGUACGCCGAGAAAGCCGCGAUGGAGCAAAAAGCUACUCCCAACCCUGUCGCUGUGGAAAUGGGUCUUGCCGAUCCUGAAUCUACAAACUUUGGAGUUGAAGCUGGGGAGAACCCCGCACGGUACUUUUACGGUCAUCUCCUUAGUAUGGCUGAAAAGUUGUUUGAUGCCGAGAUUGACACCAACACAUUCGAGGAGACUUUGAGGAUCAUGUUCCAAACGCAGGCUUAUACGAUGUUCACCUUGGAUCGGUUGUUGGGCAGUAUUGUCAAGCAGGCACAAACUAUCAUAGGUGAUAUCAAAAGUCAAGAACUCUUUAGUCUGCUCGAACGUGACCGUGAACAAGAACGGACUUCCACGAGACAACAAAUCGCUUAUCGUAUGUCUGCAGAAGGUCUGUUGGCAGCGGAUGAAAAUCUCUUUCGUAUGGAAUGGCUCAUGGGGCGGGAUGACCUGACGGUCUAUGACGCGGAGACUGUUACGGCGAGGUGGAGACAAUAUGUUGAUAGUUAUGUUCUAACUCAUCCGACGGAAGGUCAACCUAUCCGUGUAUCCGGACCAUUCUUAUCCAAGGGUUUCGAAACAACUUCCGAAGACGUAGUGUCGAGUCAACUGGAAGGUCGAUCAGGGUUAGAACUCAAGCUCGCUCUUGGUAAUCUCAGAAUGUUCUUCACUCCCGGAACUGAAGAUUACUAUUAUCGACGUCGACCGGAUUUUGAGAACAAUAAAUUGGACACUAAAGAAAUCGAACUUGAAUCGAGUCAUAAAGCCAAGUUGGAUCAAUGGGUGGAGAAAAUGUAUACUGGGUCUGAGAUGCAGGUUGAGCCUGCAGUGGUGGCGUGA